AUGCUGAUGCAGUUUCGCCUCGCCAUGACUCAACCACGAGCCGGAGAAUUCGAACAGCACGUGAUCAACAUUGCAACACCAGGGCAUAAGAUGUACGGCAAGCACAUGAAGCGUGAUGAGAUCAAAGCCUUUAUGCAGCCUUCCGCCGAAGUCUCAGAUGCCGUCGUAUCCUGGCUGAAGUCAGAGGGCGUUUCGGAGAAUCUGAUGGAAGUAGACAGCGAUUGGGCCAAGUUCAUCGUUCCACUACACCAAGCAGAGAGAAUGCUCAACACGACUUUUUACAUCUUUCACGACCACGACAAGACCGUGUUCAGAGUUCGCACUUUACAGUACUCGGUCCCCAGCGAGAUCCAUCGGCACAUCCAGCUCAUCCAACCAACAACGCAUUUCGGACGCAACAAGGCUCAGAAAAGUCUUGUCUACGAUCAAAGACAGAUCGAAGUUGCCGCACAAGUUGAUUGCAACACUUCCAUCACACCGGAUUGCUUGAGAGACUUGUAUAAACUAGGAGAUUUCACGGCAAGCCCAGAUUCCCGUAACAAGUUGGGCAUCUCGGGAUAUCUAGAGCAGUAUGCGAGAUAUGAUGACCUAGACACAUUUUUGAAACAAUACGCACCACAAGCGGAGAACGCGACUUUCACGGUUCAGGAAAUCAACGGCGGCUUGAAUGAUCAGUCUUCGGAUCUUGACAGCGUCGAAGCAUCCCUCGACAUCCAAUAUGGCAUUUCUCUAUCGUACCAAGUGCCAACGAUUUUCUUUAGUACAGGUGGCCGUGGUCCAUUAGUUCCUGAUGCGAGUCAACCCGACGCGAAUGCUUCAUCAAACGAGCCUUAUCUAGAGCAACUCCAUUACCUAUUGGACUUAGCGGAUGAAGACCUACCGGCGGUGCUUUCUACUUCUUACGGCGAAAAUGAACAAACUCUGCCAGAGUCGUAUACCAAUACCACAUGCGGUCUUUUCGCUCAGCUUGGAGCUCGUGGCGUGUCGAUAAUUUUCAGUAGCGGAGACGAAGGAGUCGGUCAGACGUGUCUCACCAAUGACGGCACCAAUAGGACAAGAUUCAAUCCCAUCUAUCCAGCUUCCUGUCCGUUCGUCACAUCAGUCGGGGGGACGUACCGGAUUAAUCCAGAGCGGGCCGUAUCUUUUUCCUCUGGAGGAUUCUCGGAGCGUUUCUCUCGUCCAUCGUAUCAAGAGGAUGCUGUUGCUUCGUAUCUAUCUAUUCUCGGUGACCAGUGGCAGGAUCUCUACAAUCCUGAUGGACGAGGCUUUCCUGAUGUGUCAGCUCAGGCGCACGCUUACAUUGUGCGAGAUCACGGUAGUUUUAUCCAAGUAGAUGGAACCAGCGCUUCUGCACCCACAAUUGCAGCUAUCAUCUCAGAUCUGAACUCGGUGCGACUGGAGAACAACCAACCUGUUCUCGGAUUUUUGAAUCCGUGGUUAUAUACAUUGAACGGUUCGGGAUUCACUGAUAUUGUGGAUGGUGGUUCAAAUGGUUGCACCGGUCAAAAUUCUAGGUCCGGUGAAGCCACGCCGUAUGUUCCUUAUGCUAGUUGGAAUGCUACUCCGGGAUGGGACCCAGUCACUGGUUUGGGGACACCUCUUUUCGAUUCGUUGUCUCAGCUUGCUUUGGAGGAGGUAUGA